AUGACAAUCACUUAUCCUGGCACACCUUCAUCCCUGGCACCCUCCACUGUCUCUUCCCCAGUCCUGCGGAAGCUGCUCCUUAGCCCAGGCCCCAAAACAGAAUGGUCCCUGUGGCAACAGCCAGUGUUGUUUCAGGAGGCAGUGACGUUUGAGGAUAUGACCAAAGACUGGAAGUAUUUUGAAGCCUCUCAGAAGGACUGCUACAGAGACACGAUGCUGGACAGUUAAGAGAAUAUGAUCCCACAGGGAUCUUUCUUGCAAUUCCCCAUGAUGCCACAGAGAGCUGGAAAUGAUCCACCUGGUGUUUCAAAUACAAGUGAAAUGGAAAUGGAGAUAAGUGACAUGAGAGAGAAGUUUCUUACAAGCGUAACAAAGUUGGUAGAAAGCAAAAGUUACAACAGCAAGGUAUUUUCCAAAGAAAAGUACUUUCAAACAAUAAAGGAAGUUAAAGAAGCUAAGGAAAAGGGGAAGAAGUCAUCCCGUGAUUAUCGCCGUGCAGCAAAAUAUGAUGUGAUUUCUGUACAGGGCACAGAGAAACUGGUAGAGGCUACUCAUGGAGAACGAGUUCGAAUACGGUAUUAUGUACAUAAAGAAGAGUUGUUUGAUAUUCUUCAUGAUACACAUCUCAGUAUUGGACAUGGUGGGCGGACUCGCAUGCUCAAGGAACUGCAAGGGAAAUAUGGGAAUGUCACCAAAGAAGUCAUUGUCUUAUAUCUGACUCUGUGUAAACAGUGUCACCAGAAGAACCCAGUACCCAAGAGAGGCCUUGCACCCAAACCCAUGACUAUUAAGGACGUGGACUCCAAAUGCCAAGUUGAAAUACUUGACAUGCAGUCAAAUGCUGAUGGCGAGUUCAAGUUUAUCUUAUAUUACCAGGACCACUUGACCAAGUUUAUUAUUUUGCGGCCAUUAAAAACCAAACAGGCCCAUGAGGUAGUCAAUGUCUUGUUGGAUAUUUUCACAAUUCUUGGUACACCCAGCGUAUUAGAAUCUGACAGUGGCAUAGAGUUCACAGACCAGGUUGUUAACGAGCUCAAUGAAGUAUGGCCAGACCUAAAGAUUGUCCCUGGUAAGUACCAUCCUGGCCAAGGCCAGGCCUCCCUAGAACGAGCAAGCCAUGAUGUAAAGAACAUGAUAAGUGCCUGGGUGCAGAGUAACCACUCAUGUCACUGGGCUGAAGGCCUACGAUUCAUGCAGAUGGUGAAGAAUCAGUCCUUCAACAUUUCCUUGCAGCAGAGUCCAUAUGAAGCAAUGUUUGGUUGUAAAGCCAAACUUGGGCUAUAUUCCUCAAACUUGCCCCGGGAAACUGUGGCCAUUCUGCAAACAGAGGAAGAGCUAGAAAUUGCUGAAGAGCAGCUAGAAAACAGCCUUUGGAUCAGGCAGGAAGAAAGGGCUGAGAUCGGAGCAGACAGAUCUGAUAUGGAUGAAGACAUCGAUCCCACUCCUGAAGCUCCAGAGCCUAGCACCUCACAAGGUGCCCCUGGUCUCUUCUGCUGGUGAACAGACACCUGCUGGGUGGACACUCACAAGUGUCUCUGUGGUCAUUAUACAGCCAUCUGCGAACUGUUGCCAAAGGUCCCAGGGGAAGGGAGUGAAGGCUGCACUCUUAGGUUGAGUUGAACAUGGGAGUCCUUGCUCAAAGGGGAAAAGCAGAUUGGGUCUGUGUAUUUGUUCCUUGGGCUGCCAUAACAAAUUACUACAAGCCUGGUGGCUUAAAACAACAGAAAUUUAUUCUCUCACA